GGCGGCCAUGGCGGCGGGAGCGCUGCUGGUGCGGCUCAGCCCCGCGCCCGCGGCCGGCGAGAAGGCGCGGCUGAAGCUGCUCCGCUACUUCCAGUCAGCCCGGCGCUCGGGGGGCGGCGAGUGCGAGGUGCGGCCCGGGUCCGGGCCCGGCACCUUCUGGGUGCACUUCCAGCAGGAGCAAGUGAAGAAGAACGUGGAAUCCCGCACAGAUCACGCCCUCGAAAUCGAUGGCAGACACCUGAAGAUAGUCAUGCUGCUGGGACAGGAGGACCUGAGCAAGAGCCCGCUUGCAGAGCAGGCUUCCCCCAGCUCUGCCCUCCCGCCCGGCUCUGCCCUCCCGCCCAGCUCUGCCCCACCUCGGCGGGAGCAGCAGGCAGCCCAAGGCCACGGAGUCUCGGCAGAAGACAUCCUUACCGGAAAGAUAUUUCUCACAGUAUCUGCAACUUUGAAUACCAGUAUGUUCACUGAAAGGCAAAGGGAGAAAAUUACCACUCUAUGUCCAAAUUUAAAAAGAGAAGGAAAUCCUGAUAUUGAUGGCUUUGAGAAAUUGACAGGAGAUUUUAUGGAUAUUGAAAAGGCUUAUCACUACUUUAAGGAUAUCCUUGCAGACAAUGACUCAAACCAUGAUUUUUCACCUUCUGAAAGUAAGAAUGGUCUGGAAGAUGAAAAUGGUCUAAAUACUGAAGAAAUGAAUGAGCUUGAAGUUCUGCCUGCUCUAUAUGAAUAUUUCAGUCAUGCUUGCAAAGAAGAAAUCAAAACACUGCAAGAACGUUUUGGAGUGUCUAUAAGAGGUAAAGAUCAUGACAAGGGAAGCACAUUAGUGUGCUUCACUCCUGUUAAAAGUUCAGCAUCAAUACAAAAAGCUAAAGAUUUUUUUAUCACAGCUUUUCAGGAACAUGUAAGAGAUCUGAAACAGGAAAAAAUUCCCAUAACAAACAGAGACACAUUAAAUGAGACAAUAACAAAACUAAAUGCUAGGUUUAGUAAUCUUCUCGCCAAAGAGGAAGAGAAUCAAUUGCUACUCCGUGGUCCAGGGCAUUUGAUUUUAGAUGCCAAAAAAUUUCUGGACCAGGAAGGUGAAAACAGCAAAGCUGAAAAGAAUAUGAACAUGUCAUCAGAUCUGUACCAAUACAGGAAUGGAAUUGAAGUUGAUGCUUCUGUGUUUAAAUUGUUGGAAACAAUAUUAAGCAAAGACAUUGAAUACAUUGAAGAUAAAUUUGGUACAGUAACAGAAAAAAAAGGCAGUUCAUACGGCCAGAAGAUGUUAAUAACAUUUAGGCCUAGGACCAAAACUUUUGAUAUGACUCCACAUGCUGCUGAAAGUUUCAUCAAUGCAUUUCAGAAUGCCGCUGCAAUGUUGAGAGAGAAACUCAUCAGCCUGAGGCUUUCAGGAGAUCAGGAGAAAACAUUAAAUAUGCUACUUCAUGGAAAACUAUUGGAAGAGCUGCAUGUAAAACUUAAGAAGGAGGACAACAAAUUAAUUUUAAGCGGUUUACCAAACCAUCUUUAUGCUGCUGAAAAGCACAUUAUGGACCUUCUAAACCCUGAAGACUCAAUGCAGACUAAAAGCACAACACUGCUGUCCUCCAGUGUUGGCUACCAAGAAGUUACAGGAGCAUCUGAGAAGAAAUACAAUGGCAAGCAAAAGAACAAUCUUACUUUAGAAAAACAGCCUACGGCAAAGACAGAUGAGGAAGACAAAGACAAGUGUCCGAUUUGCAUGGACAGAAUUAGUAAUAAAGAAACACUGAGAAAGUGUAAUCAUGAGUUUUGCAAAAGUUGCAUCGACCUGGCCAUGACUUAUAAGCAGUGUUGUCCUGUUUGUAAUACUCCUUAUGGGCUCAUAGAAGGAAACCAACCAGAGGGAACAAUGUCAACUGAAACAGUGACUGAUCCUCUCCCUGGUUAUCCCGAUUGUGGUACUAUUGUGAUUAUAUAUAAUAUGCAAGGUGGAAUUCAAACUGACAAACAUCCAAACCCAGGGAGCCGUUACGCGGCAACUACUCGAGUGGCGUAUUUACCUGACAAUAAGGAAGGGCAAGAAAUUCUGAAGCUUCUCAAAAGAGCCUUUGACCAAAAGUUGAUUUUCACAGUGGGGCGCUCACGUACUACUGGUGCAGAAGGUGUCAUCACAUGGAAUGAUAUUCACCACAAAACUUCUGUGCAGGGAGGACCUACCAAUUUUGGUUACCCUGAUCCUGAUUAUCUGCAGCGGGUUCGAUCAGAACUGAAAGCAAGAGGAAUUGAAUAAGGAUGUUUGUCAGCCCUCGGCUCUGAAGUGUAAUAACUGAACGUGUAGCAAUUCAUUUACUAUUCAAGCACAACGAAGAAAGAAGUUACUUUGUUCAACUGCUGUGCCUAAAUCCCUUGUAUUUUGCAGUCAGCUACAAAAAGUAAUCUUUUUUCAUCAAACCAUGUAUGCUCCUUUUAUGGAUCAUUUACUUCCUUGAAUAGAGUUUCCCUAUAUGUGUAGCCAUUACAGAUUGUGAGGGUGAUAUCAGUACUUACUGCAGUUGUCAAAUAUCAAGUGAUAUCUCUUAUUUCACCAGUGAAUCUGAUCUGGGCUUUUUCUCAUGAGUUUUCAGUCCGACCACCGAACCUGACAGAUCUACUACAAGCUUUUAUUUGAUCAGCCACUUCCUUUAGCUUUGUGUUGUCACAUCUGCCAUCAUGGAUAGCAUCCUGUAACCCAUCGCUGGAAAACUUUUAUUAGUUUUAUUAUUUCUGGGGAAAGGUCCAUUUUCUCUCCCCCCAACACAAGACUAAACAAAAUCCCUUUCAAGCCAGCAAAGCAAAGUAGCCCCCCGAUACCGGCCCGCAACAUUAGUAUAUAAGUAUCAGCUGUGAUCAGACGGUGAUCUUUUUGCUUCUUUUCCUUUUCAGGAUAGAAAUAGCAUUAGUGGUUUGGGUUUUAAACAUGAAAUUAGCAUGGGUAAUGUAUGAGGGGCAUGUGGAUGCUGCAGUAAUUUUAACCCCGCAGAAGCGCUGAAUGCUCAGCCGCGUUGGAGCAGUGCCCAUGGCCAUCUCUGAUGAUGGGGUCCUGGUUCUGUGCCUCACAUAGUAUUUAAGCUUAAGUACAGCUUUUAAG